AUAGAGCCGCGGAGUGGUUUGACGGGCAGUCGAGGUUGCAGCAGGCAGAGGGAGACGGUGGAAGGUAAAGCAGGGAGGCAGCAUCAUGGCGGACAGAGACAGUGGCAGUGACCACGGAGGGGCCACCGCGGGCCCCGGCUCUCUACCCCCGGGUCCGAUGGGCGCCAUGUCCCGGCUGCAGCACGACACCGAGGAGCUCGCCUCGAAGCGCGUCGACAUCCAGAACAAGCGCUUCUACCUCGACGUGAAGCAGAAUGUUAAAGGCCGCUUCCUAAAGAUAGCCGAGGUCGGAGCUGGGGGAAACAAGAGCCGCCUCACUCUCUCCAUGUCGGUGGCCGUGGAGUUCCGCGAUUAUCUCGGGGACUUUAUCGAACAUUACGCCCAGCUGGGCCCGACCAACCCGGACAUAGUGCAGGAUGAGCCCCGGCGGGCGCUCAAGAGCGAAUUCCUGGUGCGGGAGAAUCGGAAAUAUUACAUGGAUCUGAAAGAGAACCAGAGGGGGCGGUUCCUAAGGAUCCGACAGACCGUUAAUCGGGGGCCCGGAUUGGGAAGCGCGCAAGGCCAGACCAUCGCUCUGCCGGCGCAGGGUCUCAUCGAGUUCCGCGACGCUUUGGCCAAACUCAUCGACGACUACGGCGUGGACGAGGAGCCGGCGGAGCUCCCGGAGGGCACCUCGCUCACGGUCGACAACAAGCGCUUCUUCUUCGACGUGGGCUCCAACAAGUACGGGGUGUUCAUGCGGGUCAGCGAGGUGAAGCCCACGUACCGGAACUCCAUUACGGUUCCGUGCAAAGUGUGGUCCAAAUUUGGCAACACCUUCUGCAAAUACGCGGAGGAGAUGAGGAAGAUCCAGGAGAGGAGCCGAGAGAAACGGGCCUCCGAACUGCUACCUGAGGGCCCGCACGCAGGGGAUGACGGCGACGAUGACUGAGGCGGAUCUUUGGAGAGCAGACAGGAAACAACAAAGACUAAACUGAACUCUGAGAGAAAACGAGACUUUUGAACUGUAAAAUAGAAAGAGAAUUUCCAAGGGAAUCACCCCACACACAACCUCCACAGACAUGGCAGCAGCUCUGCUGUCUCCUCGCUCAUUUUACUGGAUGUCACCCCACUUACCACCCAUGUAACAGUAAGCCGCUGCUAUCAAGGAUCCAACUGUAAGAUAUGAACUGUUUCCUACUUGAUUUAAAUGAACAGAGUGUUUAUAUCUCUAUCAAACGACAGAUUUUGCACACAUCAAAGCUAUUUCGAGAAAAAAAUAAUAAUAAUGUUUAAAUGUUUUCAAACUGCUAAUAUACGAAGAUGUAAUCAAAAGUAAAAACCAGAGGUCUAUUAUAUGAAAUGGCAGUCUUCAUGUAGAACGAAUAUUUGACAUCAGCACAAAGACAAUAUAUUAUGAAACCAAAAUCUGAGACCAGAUGUAUAGUUUAUUAUAAAGGUACGCAGACUAAAUAUGAAAGCGCUCUCAAAGUGUAUGAAUUGCAGAAGGCAGCGCUGCAGGCCUGUGAACACCGGUCAGCAUGUGUGUAGGCCCAUGUGUUGAAAAGAAGUUUGGCAAAGUAGGCUAUCGUCUUUAAUUGGACCUAAAGCGCUGUAGGCUAAUGAAAGCAUUUCUAUCAUGCCCUUGUGGAAAAGGUUGAGACAUAAAAUAAAAAGCCUACUUUGCGCGCCUCAAACAAAAGGGAUAAAUCUAUCCCUGAGCUACUAUAUUGAAUAUCAACCCUCUUGCACCAUGUCCAUAUAAACUUAAUAGAAGACGAAAAAAAGUGCUAACUUAGAUGUACUAAUUAUGAUUUUGUGAAUCAGCUGUAAAAAAAGAAAGAAAGAAAGAAAAAAAAAAAAAGUCCUUAUUCAGAUUCCCACGUUUUCUGUGGGUUAAGUUUUGUCUUUGUUACUUAGUAGUUCUUCGCUCUGGGGUAGUCGGGUAGGGGAUACAACAAGAUGAGAUCCACCUGUGGGAAACAAAAAGAGAAAUGGUGGCGUGUCCGCGUGUGGCGAGGCAACGCAUCCUCUCUGACGUCGUUACGACCCGUGCCUUAUACACUCCACUCGUUUACGUGUUCUCACGUGGAUGGUCUGUGACCUCGACCGCUGUACGUUUUCAUUUCGAGUGCUGUUAUAGGCCCAAUUAUUUACUCACCGGGGCUUCGCAACCCUGCGGUGCAUGGAGCAUUGGGGUGUGGGCCCUUCAGAAAGAUGAGGUGCUACUGUAUGUACACUUUGAAAAUAAGGGGGGGGGAUCUCUAGCAGCACCCCUGCCCUGGUGGCCUCUCAGUAGAGUAGAGAUGUUUCACCCUGGAACAGGAGAGUGACCCAGGAUGUACCACCGGGUGUCAGCAUGGAGAUUCAUCGGGAGAUGUUAGGGGGGGGGGGUUUGCACACCAUAUGCACCAUGUUAAAAAAAAACAGCAGCAACAACAACAACAACAAUAAACAACCUAAAUCCGGAGUGGCUGGAUGAGGCUAUUCGUCAGAGCUGAGAUGGAUGCUGUUAAAGAGCCAGGCAGGCCAGCCGGCCGGCCGUGCCAUGCAGUCAAGUCUGCGUGCAGUUUAGUGGAUGUAGAGGCCUCUCAGUUCAGGGCCAAGGCAGUAUCUAUCUCUUUGUGGUGCUACAGCCCCUCGAUCGCUACGUGGGGGCCUCGCCUCUCCGAAUAUGUCACUUUUGCAUUCUUUUUUAUUCUGAUGCUCCUCUUUUUUUCUCCUUCAAAGUUCUUUUUCGCCACAUUACGUGUCGGGUUUCUCCCUCCCGGGCAGAGAGGAAGCCAACGAGUAGUGCAGCACUUCUCAUAUUAGUGUGCAAUAUUGUGUGCGUGCAAAUCGCGCCCUCACAUCACGUGUAUAGACUAUUAAAAGACGAAAAAAAAUGUAUAGGCUUUGUGAUCGGUAGAUAUUUUUGAAAGCAUGACGAUGAGGUCGAUGCAUCUGCAUUGUGUUUCCGAAAUGUGAAGUCUUUCUUCUCGUGCACUUUGGUCAUGAAAAAAAAAAACAACAACGUCAGACUCGUAGUGAGAUAUUUUUCCUGUCAUGUUCUGUAAACCAGUAGGCUGCCCCGUCCGCCUAUUAGUCCACGUAGACUAGUGAGGGUGUUUUACGCCCCCCUACAGAGUCACCCCAGAAAAAAAACGGUUCCCUCCUCGUUCCUCCCCAACACACACACACACACACACAUGCACACACAUCGCACACAUGCAGGCAAGAGCCUGGAGCUGUGCAUGUCAGCCUCUCUGCAGUGUUGAGUAGUGUCUUGGGGCUCCAGGGCUGGCUCACACUCACAUCUUCAUAGUCUCCCUGUUGAGGCCUCUUGUCUCUAUCUGGAUGUUUGGGAGGCCUCUAACGUUUUUGUAAUGGUUUCUAGAACUGCACAAGGCCUCCUGUCACGAGGUGUGUUCGGAGCCUGAGUGCGACUGCCGAUCGCAGGACAGGUGAACUAAAUUUGACUCUUGCUCGUCUGCGGUUUGGCUUGAGCCGGGCCCAGAUAGUGAUCGGCCGCAAACAGGGCUCACAGGGCAGGGGAGUUUGUUGUUGUUCUCACAAGGAGGAUCACAAUCCUGCCCUCUUACGUGGGCAGACUCCGAUAUUAGCUCUGCAGACUCCGAUAUUAGCUCUGCUCCUCUCCUCCAGCCCAUGAUUCAAAGUGUAAGAGAUAAGGCCCCGGCUCAUUGUCUGUGCAGUAAUGAGGUAGCACUGAAGUGCUAGUUUACUAUUAGCAAUAUGCUCCAGGUGCUUCGUUCACCUAUCGGCGUUAUUUAAAGCAGGUUGGCCUUCAAUAACGGAGCCUGUCAGGCUGGCAUGAAGGGGACACACAGACUGUGUGGGUUGCAGCUUGAGAUCAACGCUGCUCAUGUAGUUACGGCCCGGGCCGGGCCCGACAUGUGUGAUGGCCGAGGCUCGACUGAAGCAGCAUUCCCCCUCAGCAUCAGAAGCCCUAUUGGAUCCUCGCUUUGUAAAAGUUGAUCUGCGUUUGAUUGUGCACGGCUGCGGCAAUAGAGCCAAGAAAAAAAUGGUUCCAGAGAAUCCCAUCUGUUCCACACGGGACGUUUUGGGCCAGGUUUGUCUCCGGGUGUUGGUGAAAGGCCCGAUGAAGCCUGGCACUGCACUGUCGGGGCUUACCAGCAGCAGCCUACCGCGACCUACUGACCCGGCUGUCGGGCAGAUCCAGUUAGGCCUUUUCUCUCUAUUUCGGAGAACGGGGAGUCUCCGUGCACUCUUACGGAGACGACUACAUUUCCUCACACUGCCCUUUUUGAAUUAUAACAAGCCCAUUUCCAUUAAACACACAUACAAGCCACAUCUGUGUAUGUCCAAGCAACGCACAUCUGAGGUCAAUCUGAGUUCAUCUUCAGUCCAAUGUGGACUCUCUGUUGUGAUACAGCACUUAUUCCCCAAAGUGUUCUAGCUUUAGCUUGAUUGAAUUUAGGCCUCCGGCAGGCGCGUGCUCCAUGAAGACUGGAAACACUUCCUUUCUCUUUUCUUUGGCCAAAAAUAAGAAGCGCCUGAACCUGCCCAUAGAGUUCACGUUGUCAGUGCCUCACUCUGUGAAACGGAGUGUAAUCGACAAGGUGCUACUGGGUCAGUUGUGUUUGUACGAACCGCACGAUUCGCUUGUGAAUCGUGACGGAUCCAUUUUGGGUCCCUGUUCUAUCAAGUUGCAGAAAAAGGGGCGGUGGGGGGGGGGCUCUCGUGCAUUAGGUUAAGACAGUGUGAUCAAAUCCCAUUUGUCCGUUUAUGAGAGCUUACCCCGCUGCGGAGGACCUGGAGUGACCUUGCAGCCAUGUUGUGUCCCCGUUACACAGUCAUCCAUUCGUGGGACUCAAAUGCAAAAUGGUAGGCAGAUUUUAUUUGUCCUGUCUUCUGUGUAGAGUGUCAGCGGUCAAGCUGUGUGCUGUCCUCAGUGGCUCCGGCUAAGUUUGGCGACGGUGCACUGAAGCGGUUCGCAUCGACAAGAAGGAUGUUCUGAUUGAUCCUACAGCGGCGGCCAUCGUAGCAAUCCUUAAUCAUGACGUAAUGCUGCCUUUUGUCUGUUAUUACUGCACCGUUUUGUCACAUUAUAUUUAAAAGAGCUUUUUAUGUGGGGGAUUUGUUGCUCCAACAUUGUGACUGGAACAUUCCUUACACAUUUCAACUGAUAGAAAUAAAGAGAAACGUAACUACUGACUAACAGCCGUAACUACUUGUUGCACGUCCUCAAAGUGCGAUUGCUAUGAUGGCGUCAGCCGCUGGUUCCUGUCACACGCACGUGACUGAUGACAGCAAAACCUCCACGAUUACAGACUUGGAGCAGACUGAACUUCCAGACAACCAAAUCCGCUCCGUUUCUGGUGUCAGUGUCGUGUUCUUUCAUUGGCCACUCGGAGUCCCUCGCUGAUCACACAGCCAAUCGCAGCCUCUGGUCAAAGCCAAGCACUAUAUGACUCAUUUCAAACCGAGUAGCGGGGUCCAUCACGUUCGCAGACUGGACAGGCUACUGUUGUGUAAAGUUACAAAGACGUUUCUGAAGAUGUUGGGAAAUGGAUCCUGGAUUUUAAGAGGUGGGGUCAAUGCACAAUGAACAUAUCCCAUGUCACCGUUUGGUCUAAAUCCCUUUACCAUCCCCAUAUGAGAUAAUAUGUUGUAUCUUUCAAAAAUAUUUUAUCUGUGGCGUGUGUGUGUGUG